UUCUGUUCUCUGAUUCAUUGAUAUUCUGUAGCAGUAUUUCGUUGUUUUUAUUUUGGUUUAUUUUUGUUGUAAUUUAAAUUUUAUUUUGUUUUUUUUUUGAGUGGGUAUUUUUUAAUGCAAAGAUAUGUAAUUAUUCAUCACGUGUCUUAAUUUCAAGUUUGACCCAGGUCUUGUGGAAGCCAUGCCCAAAGCUUUGAAGAAAGAGCCACUUCUACCGGCUAAUAAUGUGAUUGACGACAAUAAACAUUUUAUUAAAAAGGAAAAAGUGAUUCAAAAAGACCCUUUAAAACGGAAGUUCAUAAAAUUGGAGAACGAUGCUGACAGUAGUUCCGAUAAUGUGCAGGCAGAUUUAUUAUCCAAUAGGACUCCGCCUGAUUCACAAGAAAAUAAAGUGAAGUCAUGUCAUGACACAAAGGUUAUGAAAAUGUAUGAAUGUUAUGAUUGUGGUUACAGAUCAGCUUUUAAAGGUUGUUUAAAACAACAUGUGUUAACCCACAAAAAUGUUAAAAAAUCUCGUAAAACAAAAGAUUAUUCAAAAUUGUUAUUUAAAUGUACUUUGUGCAACUAUGUAACCAAUAACAGUGUAAAUUUGAGUUCACAUGAAGUUAUUCAUAAACCAGAUAAAGUAUGCUGGAAUGUUACUUGCGAUAUUUGGUGACCAAGUAUGCAAGGGGAUAAUGUUAAUAUACCCACUUUUUAUUGUUAAAUUUACUCUGAAGUUCUAACACAGUUAUUUCUAAUUCGUGUAGAUUGUAAUUUAUUAUUUGUGAUGUUUCUACUGAAGUUGCUAAUUGACUAGAAACAAAAUUGUGACAUUUUAUUGUAAUUAUAAAGUGAAUUACUUAA